AUGAAGGGAUACGCAAAACUUGGCUGGCUCAUGGGCACAUUCCCCGAUGCCUCAAUCAUGCGCCGCUUCUCCAUACUGGGUGCUCAAAAUCUGCUUUACCUCCAGGCUGAACUCACAAGCCUCGAAGCAGAUCUCAGAAAAUAUGCUGCUGAAGAUGACGAUUCGCUCCAUCAAGACAGGAGCGUCUAUUCGCUAGACUGGCUAGCUCUCAAAGAGUCCAUUGCUGAGCAUGCUGAGAGUGGUAAUGAAGGGCGCCAAUGGGAGACUAUGCUAGCAAUUCGAAACAAGCUUGAGGAGUACCACUUGAGCUUUUUGAAUGAAUGGAUGUCGCGAACCGAUAUGGGCAACGUCUAUCUACUUGGAAAUGAUAGUACCAUAUGGACAGACUCAGCAUUGCGCCCUGACUUGGUGACCUUAAAGUCUCGAACGAAUGAUGAUUUGUUCUAUCGAUGGAUCUCUGAGAAAAUCAUAAAGCGCUUCCAUAGGCUACUUGGCCAUCGUUUUAAGAAAUCGCGAUCUGAAGAACAACUUUCGGGAACAGUGAUAUAUGGCGAUUCUUCCGUUCGCCGCCUGACGAAGAGCAUUGCCACAAUACUAGCUUGCAUGCUACCAAUACUAUCCACGGUGAUCUUAUACUUGGUUCAAAACAUGAGUAAAAGACUGGGGAUAGUCACUGUUUUUACAGCAAUUUUCUCUAUUAGCUUGGUCACCUUGACCAAUGCUGAAAUGGCAGAUAUUUUUGCAGCGACAGCAGCGUGA